UUUUUUUUUAAACUAGCACCUGGAUUUUUAUCGUGAAAUUUAUGACAGAAUUUAUCAUUAUCAUUAAGUCUAAGUUCUUGUCUCAAAGACCCUCCUGGUUCUCCAAACCUUCCUGGCUGAUGAUAGUGAAACGAAGUGGACAGCCCAUCCGUAUAGACCAGCUUUGGCUCCCCGAAAUCAACGUCUCACCAUUGCAGGACGAAGUGAACCGUCUUUUCAAAUAGACGAGCUUUGGCUCCGCGAAGCCGACGUCAUGAUGUAAAGCUCCUGGGUUUGCUGGAGUCUGAGCAGAAGAGCACGCCGGCCCGGGCCCAACUUCUCUGUACGAAUAUUUAGAACAAACCGCUGUUUGAGAAUGGCUGACGGGGCCCUCAGACCCGAACUUCAUUCAACUCCGAACGGACCCGGUUCUUCAUCAGGAACUUGCGCGGCUGUGCCGGUGUCUGAACCGAGCGACGGCGAGGGAAGACCACGCGUGAGCAGCGCGCGGUGCCCGGGUGAGGACAAGGGCGGCCAAAACCCGCCUGGUUGUCAGCCCACCGAACCUGCGAAUGGAGAAGAACCCGGCGCUCAACCCCCUGAGCCCCGUGGGGGGAGCCGGGCUCGGGCGGGCUUGUGUUACCGCGUGGAGGGCGCGCGGGUGCCUGAAGGAGAACAAAGAGCACCUAGAAGGUGUAUCGAAUCCGCGGAAGGGCACGAGCGCGGUUCCGAAAGCCAGACUGGCACCGAGCUGGGGUCACUGGACAGGGAGUCGCCCUGCCGAGUGGAUUCUGAAGACAGUAUCAGCUCCACCUUGAUGGACAUGGAAAGCACUGCGUCCAGCGGGCGCUCCACCCCUGCCAUGCUCAGUAGCCAUGAUGGGGGAGUGACGGCAGCGGCUUCAGCAGUGGCAGGCGGAAAGUCCCUGAGCUACACCUGCUUCUGGGAUGAAUGCCAGCUGCUGUUCUCCAGCAGCCCAGACCUGGCAGAGCACAUCCGAGCUUCCCAUGUGGACCGACAGAGAGGGGGGGUGUUCGUGUGUCUGUGGAAGGGGUGUAAGGUAUACAACACCCCGUCCACCAGUCAGAGCUGGCUCCAGAGGCACAUGCUGAGCCACAGCGGAGACAAGCCCUUUAAGUGUGUAGUGGGGGGGUGCAGUGCCACAUUUGCCUCACAGGGGGGGCUUGCCCGCCACGUACCCACCCACUUCAGCUCCCAGGGCUCCUCCAAAGCAUCCAGUCAAGGCAGAACAAAGGAGGAAUCUCCGUCCAAGGCCGGCCACAAGAAGAGAAAGCUCAGGAACAAAUAUAGGCGCUCCCUCCCGAGACCUCACGACUUCUUUGAUGCUCAGACAAUGGACGCCAUCCGCCACCGAGCCAUCUGCCUUAACCUGGCGACGCACAUUGAGAGCCUGGGCAACGGAAACAGUGUGGUGUUCCACAGCAGGGUCAUUGCCAGAAGGAAGGAGGCCUCUGGGAAAGUGAAGUUGCUGUUGCACUGGACACCUGAAGACAUACUGCCAGAUGUUUGGGUGAACGAAAAUGACCAACUGCAAAUGAAGACCAAAGUGGUUCACCUGUCCAAGCUGCCCGCUGACACAGCAGUGCUCCUGGACCCCACCCUCUACAGGAUGUUCUUAUGACACGUCCAUGUGAACGCCGCCUCCUCCUGUCAUCGUUCCAUGAGCCUUUUUCCUGUUCCUCCGGAGCAGUGCUGGGUUGAAGUGAAUUUUAUUUGAAUGUUCUUUGGUUCUGAGCUUACUAAAGCUGUAACUGUAAAUAAUGCCAUACAGAUUUGUAAUAUAUUUUUUAUAAUUUUCUUUUAAAUUGGAAGUGUAGAUUGUUUCUGAUAACUAUUUUCUUUUUAACAAAUAAAUGUUAGAAACUUAUGCUUGUCAGAUAUUCCUAUAGAGCACCCCAGUUUGAAGGUAUUAGGUAAUUAAUUUAUUUAGUUUAGUUUCUUUUUUACACCAAAUACUUGUUGGUAGAAGGGGGUGGAGUUGGACCCAUGUUUGUGAAUAACACAAACAGGCGACAUGCAGAUUUUUAAGAAUAUGAAGCAGAGAUGUCUGUUUUACACAAAAAAUGUAUUUGCCACAUUUUACUUUUUAAAAACUGGAUUAAAAAGGCAGGAGUCUGUGAAUACU